AUGUCCCACCUCCUGAGCAGUAUUCUUACCAUUAUUGACGUUUACUACAACUACACCAGCCAGGAUCAGGAUUGUAGCACACUGUGCAAAAGGGAGCUGAAGGAACUUCUGGAAAAGGAGUUUCGACCAAUUUUGAAGAACCCUGAUGAUCCCGACACUGUGGAGGUGUUCAUGCACAUGCUCGAUCGAGACCACGACAGGAAAGUGGACUUCAUUGAGUUUCUUCUGAUGAUAUUCAAACUGACUAUGGCCUGCAACCAGUCUGUUGGAAAAGAAUACUGCCAAGCUUCAGGGUCACAUAAACAAUAUCCUAGUCACCAUCACCAAGAACAGAGUGAAACAGAAGAGGAAGAAGAAGAAGAAGGUUCUGAGAGUCCAGUGAUGCUCGCAGUGGGGGAAGGCAUGGAUCCAGCAGCAGACAGGAAAGAGACUCCUCUGGACAUUCAGUGA